AUGGCAGACGUUAUAACUGCUGAUGAGGAACAAAAGCAAGAAGAAACUACCGCGUCCGUCCCCUCCGAGACGGACGAGACAUCCCAGGAAACACCCAACGGUGUGAAAACGGAUAGUGAAGAAAGUAAGCAGAGCAAAGAAAAGCAUGAUGGGAAAGAGAAGUCAUCCAGUACCAGAAGAGGAAAUCGCUAUCAUCCCUACAAAGAGAAACAUGGAGGAGAAAAGAAAAGUUCUCAUAGGAACCGGGUGUUCAUCAGCAAUAUACCUUAUGACAUGAAGUGGCAGGCGAUCAAAGACCUCAUGCGUGAUAAAGUUGGUGAGGUUACAUACGUGGAGCUCUUUAAGGAUGCUGAAGGAAAGUCAAGGGGUUGUGGUGUGGUAGAGUUCAAAGAUGAAGAGUAUGUGAAGAAGGCUGUCUCAACUAUGAAUAAGCAUGACUUAAGUGGAAGACCACUAAACAUCAAAGAGGACCCUGAUGGUGAACACGCCCGACGUGCUCUGCAGCGUAUGGGAGGGGGCCAACUUGGGGUCCGUGGGCAGGACAUAGGGCCUGGUGGGCUGAACAUCCCUGCUUCAAUUGUGAACAACCCCAACAUACCACCUGAAGUUAUCCACGCUCUGCAGGCUGGAAGACUGGGGAACACAGUGUUUGUAGCUAAUCUGGACUUCAAAGUGGGCUGGAAGAAGCUAAAGGAGGUGUUUGGCAUGGCAGGUGUUGUAAAACGAGCUGACGUAAAGGAGGACAAAGAUGGAAAAAGCCGCGGAAUGGGAACAGUUACUUUUGAGCAGCCUCUGGAGGCGGUGCAGGCCAUAUCCAUGUUUAACGGCCAGAUGCUCUUUGAAAGGCAGAUGCAUGUGAAAAUUGAUGAAAAGUCUCUUCCUCCUGACGAUUUUGGUCCAGUAGAGAAAAUACCACAGUUGCCACGGGGCCUAGGUGGCAUUGGUAUGGGUCUUGGACCAGGAGGGCAGCCUAUAAAUGCAAACCGCCUCAGUGGUGGGGGAGGAAUAGGCCCUAUGGGAACCGGAGGUAUGGAUUCAGGUUACGGAGGGAUGGGUAGACUUGGAGGAGGAAUGAGUGGGGGUGGAGGCUUUGGUAGCAUGGAUAGCAUGGGUGGUAUGGGGGGCUUUGGAAGCAGAGACAUGACCCCAGUUGGCAGAAUGGGAGGAAUGGGUGGAUUGGAUCGGGACUUUGACAUGCCCAUGAACCGCGGAUUUGGAGAUUCUUUUGGAGGAAUGGGUGGUGGUUUUGGAGGAGGUAUGGGACCCAUGGGAAGCGGUUUAGGUGGUGGAAUGGGCAGUAUGUCCAUGGACAGAAUGGGCUCCAGCUUUGAUCGUGUCGGCAUGUCUGGAAUGGACAUGAACCGGGGCUUCGGAGGGUACGGAGGCGGCGGACAUAUGAGUGGAGGCAUGUCGGACAGGGGCUCCGGAGCCAAAGGCGGCUGUCAGAUAUUUGUGCGAAAUCUAUCCUAUGACCUGACGUGGCAAAAGUUGAAAGACAAGUUUAGUCAUUGUGGUCAUGUAAUGUUUGCAGAGAUCAAAAUGGAGAACGGAAGGUCAAAGGGUUGUGGGACGGUGAGAUUUGAUUCUCCAGAGAGCGCUGAGAAAGCCUGCAGGAUGAUGAAUGGAACCAAGAUCAAUGGUCGAGAGGUUGAUGUCCGCAUUGAUCGCAACGCUUAGGGACCUUGUAGAAGCUCCAGCAACACUUUUCACUGAGGCCCCGUACCAAUCAUUGUUUUGUUUUAAAAACACUAUUAUUUCCUGUGUCCCUGGUUUCAUUUUUUUUUUUUUUGUUUAUAUACUGCCGCUAGCUGUUUUACCUUUGUUUUAUAAACCCAGUUAUAAUUUGUCAGGAGG